AUGACGGGCUCCUACAUUUGUAAACUUCCACAAGAGCUCAUUGACCGUAUUGCCCGAAAUUUGACACAAGAGGAUCGACAUGCCUGCAUACUGGUGUGCAAACAAUGGCACAAGGUAUUCCUCCCCAAUCUCUACCGAAGCGUCAGAGUACGUAGCCGUCAAGCGCUGCAGAGCUUUUUCAUAACGCUGCAGAAGUCGUCGUCGGUGGUGCCUGAAUACCCACUCGGUUGGGUUGUUCGAGACCUGACACUUGGCCAUGGCACAAAGCUCCUGCCCUAUCGUGCCACCGACUUGCGCGAUAAGAAUUUUAGGAUUGGCCUUUCACGCCAACGCUGGAGCGCGCUGCCACGACUGUGCCCAUAUCUGGAAACACUGGAUUUCCACUGGACGACAUGGAUUGAAAUCGAAGAAAACAGUAGCAACGUACUGUUCGAAUGGCGCUCAUUGCGCCAUAUUGCGCCGUUUCAUCGAUACGAUAUAUUGUUCAAGUUUGUCGAUACCUACGGUCAAGGGUUGACGCAUUUGGAACUGACGCGCGCUGUGGUGGAGCAAAUGACAGAUGGUUGGCAGCUGUUGCUGAAUCAAGUACCGGCACUGUUGCAUCUGACAUUGACCUGUGCUAUCGAUUUUGGCUCGUUAAUGAUCGGACCUUUAACGAUUGCUUUGGAUGAACUGGUGCCAGUGUUGCCUAAAGGUUUGCGGUCGCUAUCGCUGACAAUGUUCAAUGUUACCAUGCGACAACAGGAACUAGUCGGACAAUUAUUACAAGAACAUAAUCAACAUCUGGAUUUAACAUCAAGACAUACCCAUCACUCGCUCAUAACUUUGGACCUCCACAUGGUCGAGUUCCGCUCGCCAGCUGCAAUCACAUAUCUCGGCCAAAGCUUUCCACAGCUACAAAGGCUGUCGCUCGGACGUUCAGUAAAUGCUACUCUGGAACAGGAGCAUAUCGAUGCACUUGCUAUGUUGCUACGCCAAAGUCAGCAUUUGAAGUAUCUUGCCCUGAAUCCUAUAUGGAGUAUGCAAUUGCUUGGCGCUGUUCCUCAUGCAUCCCUGACCGAGCUACGCACUGGUUCGUUGAGCGGACAGAUAGAACAUCAGCCGGGCACAAGAAUCCCGCGAGACGCAUUUCCAAAGGUGCUGGCUGCCUUGUCGUCCGAAGCCAGAGCACUUGAGAUCGCCAUACCACCCUCCCUUGUCAAUAUCGACGAUUGGAUCCGGCCGCUCAGUACAGCAUGCCCGCAUCUAUCGACACUGGAACUCACUGGCAACAGAGAUUCAUCCUACUUAACACCUGCUGGCCACCACCACCAUUGUUUCUCGCUACACACGAUACUCGAUGCAUUAGCUGGCAGUCUGCAUUCGCUUACUCUACGCAACGCUACGGUUUAUUUGCCGACAAGAUACUCUACCAACAACAACACUCACGAUUAUCAAUGGAAACAACGACAACCGCGUACAACGACAGUGCUUAAACAUUUUGGCGUCCACCAAUCCAUCAUCCGUUCCGAUAUAUUCGACCAUUUGGCAUCGCGUUGUCCAUCUUUGAAUAGUUUAUCAGUGACGGACUCUCAUUACUAUGUAAUGUUGCCACGCGUGCACUUGGAUAUUGAAUUUCCUGACCAUGAUUUACUUUUUGUCGAAUUACGAUCGAUUGGCGUUGUGUGCGAGCAACCGGAACAACAAAAGAAUUUGGGCAUGGGUAUGAGCUUAGCGCUCAAGUACAAGGGGCAUUAUUACCAUGCCGCAUAUCACAAACCAUCAUUUGUACGCAGCCUGGUGCUACUGGACCGGUUUCCGCUGUUGACCCAGGAAGAAAUUGAAUCAUACACGAGUCUGGAACAGUUGCAAAAGGAUUGGUACAAGGCGCAUCGUGGGCAUCGAAAUGCAUACGGUCAAAAUCUUAUACCUGACAAGAGUUUCGGUUAUAUAUCGCUCCAAGCACGCGCUGUGCGCAAGUGCUCUUUUGAAAGUGUAUCUUUAAUGUAG